GGCAAAGGUUGCAGUUGAGGCGGCAUGCCCCGAUGAAAUUCAAAAGGGUGGAGGUCUAUCCAAGACCCUUUUACAAGAGCUUGCACACAAACUUGGGUUUCUUUUUCCGACAUGUAAAACAGUUCAGUAUGGUCCACCACACGGUGCUACUUUUAUAUCCUUUGUGCAAAUUGGUGAGGAAUCAUAUGAAGGACAAUCGGCUAAGACUAAGAAGCAAGCUGAAAUGAAUGCUGCCGAGAUUGCCUACAAUACCUUGAUCAAUUGUGCAGAUGUCAUUAGUUCAAUGGUGAAGAAAACAUCGGCUACACCGCAUCCUCUCUCACUCAGCGAUCAAUGUUUUGUUCCAACACCGCCUGAGCGUUCUGUUGUUUGUGUUUUACCGUUUAAUAAAAAUAGGAGUUCAACGAUGGAGUCUAAUGUCAAGCAAACUGAUGAGUUUUUUGUUUCACAGUCCAA